AAGAUUCUCAAGACUUGUCCUGUCAAAGAGCUAAAUUUCAGAUCACUUGAUUGUCCCGCCACCAAAAUUAAAAUUUGAAAAUUAAUGGACAACUCUUUUCAGUUUAUAAACAGGAGUUUCACCUCCAAAACAGAAAAAAACACUGGUAGGCAGGCAAUACAGAAAGAACGACACGAGGCACGCUAACAUUACCAAAAAUAUUCUGGUUUUGCUUUUUUGCACUGAUAUGAUUUCUAUUCGUCGGCACUGAGCAGACGAAAACCAUAUAUCUGGUUCCUCAUGAUUAUAUACAGGAAAAUAAGGACGAGAUUAAUAUCAAACACUUCAUUCCAUUUAUACUUCCAUUCGACUUCCACUGCUAAGAACGACGAGGAUGAAGAAGAAUUGAUAAACAGAACAGUGGAAAAACUGAAAACCCUGGACUUAAAUGCCUUACACGAAAUAGCCUCUUGUCAUCUCAACCCUUCCCAAGUGUCCAAAAUCAUUUUAAAAUGCAGCAGGUCGGACGUUCGAGUGGCGCUGUGGUUCUUCCGGUUGUGUGGCAAACUCGAAGGAUUCAGCCACACGGUCGAAUCCUACACUGCCCUAAUUCACAAGCUAACCCUUGCAGGGAUGUUCUUCGAUGCAAAAACCCUAAUACGGCAAUACAUUUUGGACAACAAGAGCAGGGACCCUUUACUACUCUACAACGACAAGCUUCUUCUAGAAAGUUUCAACCCUGCAAUGAUUGAUCUGCUUAUCAGAACCUACGCCGAAACCGGUAAGCUCUCAGAAGCAAUUCAUGUCUUUAAUCGCAUAAUUGCCUUAGGCAUAAAACCUAGGGUUUUAUCCUGCAAUGCCCUCAUUAAUGUCCUUGCUAAAUCCUCCCGCCCCGACGCUGCCUGGGAAAUUUAUUCCAGCAUGCUACGAACGGGAGCACGACCAGAUGCGCACACUCUUAAUAUGUUGAUCCAUGGAUUUUGCAUUCAGGGAAAGUUAAGACAAGCAAAUGAGGUUUUAGAUGAAAUGGAGGGCGAAAGAAAUCUGAGAGCUGAUGUGGUUACUUACAAUACUCUUCUUAAUGGUUACUGUAAAAGGGGAAUGAUGAAAGAGGCUAGGGCUUUUCUUCAAGAAAUGGUGGAGAGAGGGGUUUUGCCUAACCGUAGCACAUAUAAUACGGUUAUUAGCGGUUACUGUGGAAUUGGUAAAGUUGGGGAGGCAUUUGCUCUUCGUGAAUUGAUGGUAAGAAAUGAUGUUUUGCCGGACGUUGUGACUUAUAAUUUGCUUAUUGGUGGGCUCUGUAAGGUUGGGAGAGUGGACGAGGCUUUUUCUUUGAAGAAUGAGAUGGUGGAACGGGGAUUGCAGCCUGGGGUGCUGACUUACAACAGGCUUAUUCACGGGCUUUUUGGAGUAGGGAAGGGUUUUGAGGCAUUUAGACUGCAUGAUGAGAUGGUAAGUCAGGGGAUUAGGCCUAGUGAGGUUACGUACAAUACCUUGGUGAAUGGACUUUGCAAGGAGGGAAAGAUGGAGGAAGCAGAGAAACUCUUUAGGGAAAAGGUGGAAGGAGGCUUUUGUCCAACUGCUGUUGUGUAUAAUACUUUGAUUGAUGGAUAUUGUAAAGCUGGAAAUAUGGUGGGUGCUUUCAGAAUGCUGGACGAAAUGGCAGGAAAUGGUCUCUUGGGCGAUAAGUAUACUUAUAGUGUGAUCAUUGACUGGCUUUGUAAGGAAAAUAAGUUGGUUGAUGCAGAUGGUCUUUUUCGCAAGAUGUUGGCCAAAGGUUUUGUUCCCGAUGAGGUUGUUUAUUGUACACUUAUUGAUGGACACUGCAAGGCAAAUAAUAUUGAGGGGGCAUUGAAUCUCUGGAAUGAAAUGGUUGGGAAUGAAAUUUAUCCUAAUGAUGCAACUUACAAUGCUCUCAUCGAUGGACUUUGUAAACAGGACCAUACAGAAAGAGCAAGCUGUGCUUUGGAUGAAAUGAUUGGAAGAGGUUUGAUUCCUUGCUGUGCUGCUUUUAAUGCAGUGAUCCAUGCACAUUGUAAGGAUGGUAAUUUAGAGAAGGCUUUUGAGUUACAUAAUCAAAUGGUAGAGCAUUCCUUUGAGCCUGAUAGCAUUACAUAUAAUGUGCUCAUUAAUGGACUUUGCAAGAACAGAAAAGUGGAUAAGGCAGCAAAGCUCUUUUGCAUGUUGAUUGAUAAAGAUAGGCCUGUUGAUGGUGUUACUUAUAACACACUGAUAAAUGGGCACUGCAAAGAAGGUAAUAUAGAGGCUGCAUUGAAGCUUCUUGAUGAACUGGAGGCACGGGGUAUCAGGCCUGGUGUUGUAACUUACAAUUCUCUUUUCUCCGGAUUUUGUGAACAAGGCAAACUGCAAGAAGCAUAUGAACUUUUGUACAAAAUGGUCGAGAACAACAUCUCUCCUGAUAGUAUUACUUAUGAUACAUUUAUGAAAUGUCACUGUGAGGGGGGAGAACUUGAUGAGGCAUUGAAGCUGCACUUAAAAUUAUUAGCACAUGGUCUUAACCCCACUGUUGUAACAUAUAAUAUUCUUAUCAGUGCUCUCUGUCAGGAAGGCAGAAUGCAGGAAGCAAAUCAUCUUUUCAAGGAGAUGUUAGGAAGGGGUGUGCCCCCCAAUCGAAUGACCCAUAAUGCAUUGAUCAAUGGACUAUGCAAAGACCAGAAAUGAGGUUAGAUGAUUGAUUGAAAAGUUGUUCCCAUAAUGAUUUAUUGACAACUUCAAGAGUGUAUUCCAGGAAUGGCAGCAUGCAGACUGUUAAUGUUUCCCACUUCCCAAAUUCAUAAAAAAGAGAGAACAAUAGUUUUGAAGUGAGGAUGAAGAUCAUUGAACUCCUCAACUUAGACCAAGUGGCCAGCAGGAGUCAGCGACUCCAAAGAUUUUGAAAUUUACAACAUUUUAUCUGCAGAAGUUAGCUUGGGCCUUGGAAAACUCUCUUGCUGAAUGUUACUUUUGCAAAACGGAAGCUGAGAGGAUGUAUGGUUGAUCCGUUGCGAGGGUUUGGCUGGGAUGGUUUCUUUGUUAAAUGUUGCUGUUCUGGCACCAAGAUUGAUAACAAAAUACCCGGAACUCUAUGGCAUUUAAUGGUUUUGCAAUACAUGAGAGACAUUAGCCUAUUUCAAGAUGCAAGACAUCAACUAUCUAUUGUCCAAGCUUUAUACCUAGUGAGGCAAAGGGUUUUCAUGUUGUAGUUUAUUUGUAAGAUUUGUGCUUGUCAGUCUUGUCUGAUUCGUAAGUAUGGUGCUCAAUUAUUUUACAGUACAUGGGCAUAUUGUAAGAUGCAAGACAUCAAGUAUCUAUUGUCCUUGUAUAAAGAAAGCUUUAUAUCGAGGGGGACAAAGGGUUUUCAUAUUGGACAUUGCUGUCCAAUUGGAUACUUUCAAUACCGGCCCUCUCAUUGAACAUGAGGAGAAGGCAUUCCAUCACUUUGAGCAAUGUAUUGUAUAUUUGUAAAUUCAUUGGGUGGUUUGUUAAAAGCAUUAAGAACAAGCCUCAUUGUUUUCUAUGUUGUAUUUUGCAUCACACAACAUAGCACUAGGCACAAGACCGUCUAGCAAUAGAUUGCAUUUAAAAAAAUAAAUGUCCUUUUCAAGUUUC